AUGCCUUACAAAAAAAAUGAUAAGAAAGUUAGGAAAAAUAGGAAAGGACGAAAAAAGAAGUUGAGGGAUAUAAAUUAUGAUAUUAUGGCACAACUAUCCGUUGAGGAAAAUGCAACUGAACGUUUGUCAAGUGAUUCAAGUGGUUAUUCAAUGGAAUCUAAAUCGAUUUCUAAAUUAUCACAACCACCGACAAAGAGAAUUUAA